AGUUGAUCCUAAACUGGCAGUGAGACACCUGUCUGUCUCUCAGCCUGUCUGUCUGAGUGUCCCGGAGGAUGGCACCGGGGUGUGUCUCCGCCCUCAGCCGGCCCCGCGGACCCUCCGGCGGGCACACGGAGCUCUGACAGCCCGCUGAACCAGAACCAGGUCUGGACCCGGUACCGGACCAGAGCAUUCAGACCGAGGCGGACGGGCCGGGCUCAGGAUGCCCUCAGUACUGGCUGCAGGUCUGGUCUUCAGGGUUCUGCUGCCCCUCAGCCUGACUGCAGCUUGUGCGUUGAGGUUUAAUGGAUUCUCUCUGGUCUACGUCCUCCUGCUGCUGCUGCUGCCUCUACUGCCAGACCCGUCCUCCUCAGGUAACCCGUGUCGCUGUGUGACGGCGGUCUGCGUCUCCAGCUUCCUCUUCCUGUUGCUGCAGUCCUUCUACCAGCUGACCACGGCCACGCUGCAGCCGGAGGCCAACUGUACGUCGUGGCAGAAAACUCUCGCUCAGCUCGGCCUGGUGAGUCUGACAGGAAGUGAUGCAGGCUCGGCAGUGAGACAGUUGUUUCCAGAUGUUGGCGUGCUGGUUGUUGGUCUGCUGACCUGGAGGUUGAUUGGAAGACUGAAUGCAGACACACACACACAGGAGACGCAGGAGGAGCUGCUGUUUGAGGAGGAUUCUGUGCUCGGACAGGAGGAGGAGGAGGAGGAGGAGGAGGAGGAGGAGGAAGGCAGCAGGAACAGGGUUCUGGUUGAACUGGAGUUCCUGAUGUCUAAAACCAGGAAGAUGAUGGGGACCAUGACAACCACUGGAGGAAAAGUGCUGCUGACGGUCCUCCUGGGACUCACAGGUAUCAUGUUCCCCUCUCUCUCCUCCCUCCCCUACCUCCUCUGUUUCCAGGUGUUGUGUACCUGGUGGGCGUGGUCAGGUCAGGUCCCGCCCCUCCUCUUCAGGUGUGUGUCUGUGAUGUCACUGCUCUACUCCUCAUCCCAUUUCCUGCUCCUCUACUGUUACCAGCUGCCCUCCCUGCAAGAGGCGUGGCCUCCCAACCGCACCUCUGCCAGUGUGUUCGGCCUGGUGUCGGUGGUCUCCGUGGACUGUUCGGCUCCCUGGAGGCUGCAGGUGAACUCUGACCUCAGCUGGUUUCACUUCAUCAGUCCUCUGAUGCUGCUGCUGCUCUACAACACUGUGGCCACUCUGUGGAGGAACCAGCUGAUCGACGGCAUUGGUUGGUGGGCGAUGGAGAGGGCGGAGUCAACAAUCAGCGUGAGCUGUGACAUCAUCACUGCCACCAGCAACCUGAGCGAUGAGGUCAGCGGUGACAUCACAGCGGAGAGACGGAGAGAGCUGUGGAGGAGAACUCAUGAUCGCAGAGACGUGUCAUCAACCAAUGACAGUCCCUCUGACUCUUUUGCCCCGCCCACCCAGAGCACAGCCCUUGGAUUGGAUGUUUACUCCACGCCUCACUACUCUCUGAGCCAAUCAGACACGUUGGAGACAUGUGUGUUUGAAGGAGACGGAUGGGAGGAGGAGGAGGAGGGGGAAGAGGAGGAGGAGCAGGUGAGGAGGAGGAUGGCUGAGGAGGGAGUCGGUGCUGCCUCCAUGGCGUUCAGCUUCCUCCUCACACAGAGUUACAUCGGUGCUCUGAUCGCCAUGAUGGCGUGGCCCAUCACGUACGUGUCGUGGCUGACGUGUGUCCUGCUGCUGUGGUCGUGUGUCCUCUGGAUGAUGCGAGAGCGUCGCCGGUACACGCUGAUGUCAUCGCCCUGGCUGGUCGCCUACGGCAACCUGCUGGUCGUCAUGCAGUACGUCUACAGCUUCCCCUCCAUCCAGGAAGUCCCCGGACUGUUCCCGAAAAAAGAAGAUCCCUGCAGGCUGGCCUCCAAGUUGUUGUGUCUGGUGACCUUCUGGCUGCUGCUGCGUCAGGCGCUUACUGAGAAGAGAGACAGACAGAAAGACAGACAGGCAGACACACAGCUGUCUAACAUCACUGUCCACGUGGAAGAGGAGCAGCAGAGUGUGGAUGAGGAUCUGCAGGAGAAGAAGAAGGAGCUGUCCUAUGAGGAGGUGCUGCUCCUGCAGACAGGAGGAGGAGGAGUGAAGAUGGAGGCUCUUGUUGCUGUGAUUACCAGGAUGUUUGUUAAAUACUGGAUCUACGUCUGUGGAACCAUGUUUUUCUUUGUUAGUUUUGAAGGAAAAAUCGUCCUCUACAAAGUCAUCUACAUGGUUAUGUUCCUCUGCUGCGUCGCCCUCUACCAGUUGAACUACGAGCGUUGGCGUGCCAUGCUCAGGGGUUUCUGGGUAGCCGUGGUGGUUUACUCCAUGUUGGUCCUCAUCCUGGUCUACACCUUCCAGUUUCCCUCGUCCCUCCACACCUGGAGCUACUACACUGGACUAAGCAAGCACAGGUUGGAGGAUGUUGGUUUGGAGAAGUUCUCAGUUCCUGUUCUCUUCACCAGGAUCUUCAUCCCCGCUGCGUUCCUUUUGGUGUGUAUUGUACACCUGCAUUACUUCCACAAGCCGUUCCUGCAGCUGACCGACCUGAAGACUGUGGUGGACACACACAACAGCACCAUCACCAGGUUGGUCCACUCUGACGGCAGCCUGUUCGACCUGUCGGUGUGUGGAGCUCCUCAGCUCUUCCUGGAGGCGGAGAAGAGCCGAGGACUAAAGGAGAGAGAGGAGGAGACCGAAGAGAAGUGGAUAAAAGAGGAGGAGGAGUACCCCUGUGUGUUUGAGAGGGAAACCCUGUCUGACCACAUUAAAGUGCUGGUCUCCUGGAGGUUGGUUGUGGAUCGUCUCUCUGUUCUGUUCCUGCGCCUCCUCCUCUCCUUGCAGCGCCUGCAGCAUCUCCUCUGGUGGCUCCUGGAACUGCACAUUGUCAAGAUCGUCUCCUGCUACAUCAUCUGGGUCUCUGUGAAGGAGGUGUGUGUGUUUAACCUGCUGUUCGUGCUGUGUGUGGGCGUGGCUCUGCCCUGCAGGGCAUGGCGCCCCCUGCUGUCAGGAGUCUGUACAGUUUGGACCUGUGUGGUGACCGUCUGCAAGAUGUUGUACCAACUCAACAUCGUUCAGCCAAUCAGAUACUCCUCAAACUGCACCAUGCCAGGCAACUCCACUGCUGACCUGUCUCGCUCUGUUUUGUAUUCUGGUCCAGUUGACCCCGCCCAGUGGGUGGGGCUUCGAAAGACGGACGGAAAACUGCUUGACUACCUGAGGUAUAACCUGAUGAUGUUAGCGCUGUUAGCCUUCGAGGUGACAGUUUACAGACACCAGGAGCUCUACCGUCUCCGCCGUAACGAAGUCCCGCCCCCUACCAGAACGCUGUUUCAUGACAUCACCAGGUGUCACCUGGACGACAGCGUGCUAAACUGUAUAAAGUACUUCCUCAACUACUUCUUCUACAAGUUUGGCCUGGAGACCUGCUUCCUGUUGGCCGUGAACGUGAUUGGUCAGCGGAUGGAUCUGUUUGCUGUAGGCCACGCCUUUGGCCUCAUCAGCGUCCUAUCAAAGCGCCACAGGAAGCACAUCGCCUCGGUGUGGCCCAAGUACUGCUACUUCCUGUCGGGGCUGUUGUGUUUCCAGUACCUGCUGUGUAUCGGGUUCCCACCGGCUGCCUGUAAAGAUUAUCCCUGGAGACCUCCGUCCUCCAACAUGGACUCCAACGUGGUGAAGUGGCUCUUCCUCCCUGAUCACCUGACACCACCGAACCCAGUGUUCCUCGUCUAUGAUUUCUUGCUCCUCCUCGGGGCCUCCCUGCAGCUGCAGGUGUUUGAGGAGGAGCUCCAGUCGUCAGUUCAGAUCCUCGCAGGAGACAACUGUGAGCUGAUCGAGGAUGACGGACAGGUCUCUGAUCCAAUCAGGAGACUCCGUCUCAACACAGGCCCUGACUUCAUGCUGUGCAGGUCUUACCUGGACAUGAUGAAGCUGAUCAUCUUCAGCUACAUGUUCUGGUUUGUCCUUACCAUCAUCUUCAUCACCGGGACGACCAGGAUCAGUAUCUUCUGUAUGGGUUACCUGGUGGCAUGUUUCUACUUCCUGUUGGUGGGCGGAGAUCUGCUGCUGAAACCAGUCAAAUCCAUCCUGGUGUACUGGGACUGUCUGAUUGGCUACAAUGUGUUCGUCAUCACCAUGAAGAACAUUUUGUCGAUCCUGGCCUGUGGUUUCAUCAAGUCGUUGGUGUUGAAUCACUGUUGGCUGAUUCAGCUCUUCAGUCUGGCCUGCACCAUCAAAGGAUACACCAAACCGGAGCAGCAGAGCAGUAAGCAGUGUGAGUUGCCAAGUGACGAGGCGGGCAUCAUCUGGGACGGCGUCUGUUUCUGUUUCCUGUUGCUGCAGAGGAGAGUCUUCAGGAGUCACUACUUCCUGUAUGUGGUCCUGAACCUUCAAAACACACAACUGCUGGCCUCCAGGGGGGCGGAGCUCUUUGAGGCGUCCACAGUGAAAGCUGUCAGAGCGAGACUGGAGGUGGAGAAGACGUCCAUGGACCUUCUGAAGAGACAGAUGGAGAGAAUUAAAUCCCGACAGAAGAAGUUCCGCAGAGGAAAAGAGAAAAUGUUGAGUUUGACCCAAGACAGCUUCCAUACUGAUGAUCAGGAGAACAGGAAGGGGCGGAGUCAGAAGAAGUGGUGGAGACCCUGGGUAAACCACGCCUCCAUGGUGAGGAGUGGGGACUACUACCUGUUUGAGACGGAGAGUGAGGAGGAGGAGGAAGAGGAGGAGAAAAAGAAGGAGGAGCAGAAGGAGGAGGAGCUACCUGAGAAAUCAGCCUUCCAGUUUGUGUAUCACGCCUGGAUAACAGACUCCAGAACAGCAAUGAGAGCUCGCAACAAUCAAGAGAAACUCUGGAAGAAGAACUCCUCUGAUCGAAAGAGCAGGAAGGAGGAGAAGAGAGGAGCUGGAGGAAUCGAAGUGACGGAGGAGACGGACGAGGACGAGGAGAAGGAGGAGGGACCAGACACGGUGCUGCGUCGGUUCUCCAGCACGUUGCGGUUCUGUUGGGUUCUGCUGUCGGCUCUGCUGGACUCUCUGACCACCUGGCUCAGCGGUCUGUGUCAGGAACACAUCGACAUCUCCACCGUCCUCCGCAUCGAGCGCUGCAUGCUAACGCAGCAGGCCAAGCAGGGGAAUGUUCCCACCAGAGAGGCAAUCCACGUUUACUACCAAGAACAGAUGAUGAAGGCCUCCAGAGAGUCAGGCCUGAACUACAGUACCCAUGAGGCAGAGGGGCAGGCCUCAGCAGAGAGAGGAAGGGAGCAAGAAGAAGAGGCAGUGAGUCCUGACACGAAUGAGGAACUGGAGAGUAACCCAGAUAAACCAGAACCAGGAUCACUAUCAGGAGGAGCUCAACAUGAACCAGAACCAGAACUAAUAUCAGGAGGAGAUGGUCCAGGUGAACCAGAAGAAGAACCAGUAUCAGGAGGAGAUGAUCCAAGUGAACCAGAAUCAGAACCAGUAUCUGGAAGAGAUGGUCAAGGUCACCUAGAAACAGAACCAGUAUCUAUAGCAGAUGGUCCAGGUGAACCAGAAGCAGAACCAGUAUCUGGAGCAGAUGGUCCAGGUGAACCAGAAGAAGAACCAGUAUCUGGAGGAGAUGGUCCAGGUGAACCAGAAGAAGAACCAGUAUCUGGAGCAGAUGGUCCAGGUGUACCAGAAUCAGAACCAGUAUCUGGAGGAGAUGGUCCAGGUGUACCAGAAUCAGAACCAGUAUCUGGAGGAGAUGGUCCAGGUGAACCUGAAGAAGAACCAGUAUCUGGAGCAGAUGGUCCAGGUGAACCAGAAGAAGAACCAGUAUCUGGAGCAGAUGGUCCAGGCGAACCAGUCUCAGCAGAGGCUCCUUCCUCAGGAGUUGAACCAGAUUGGUUAACAGCAGAAGGUGACCCAGUAGAGGAAGUUAAAGUUGAAGAUUACCCAGAAUGCCUGGUGACUAACACCAUCCAGAGAUGUCGACCCAAACUGUCCCGGAUGGAGAGAGUCCAGUGUUCAUCGUCCUCCUCGUCUUCAGAGGAGGAACAGAUGAGAUCUGAAGAAUCAAAGCCGACUCACACCGGAGCCUCCUCCCCCUCUCCCCCACCUCCCUCCUCCUCCCCCUCCUACAGCCUUGCUCUGGGGCUGGACCUGCAGGAGGAGGAGGCUGGGCAGGGAUUCGGGAGGCGGCCGGCUCAGACUCCGGGGGAGCGAAGUGACUUCCUGUCUGACUCAGCCUCCACUUCCUGUCCGGCAGCGUCUCGCGCUCAGGAGCUGACGGCCAGUGAGCUGCUGAGGAGCAGGACCUUUUACGACGAGGAGCUGGAGGCAUCGGACUGUUUCUACGGCAACCAACACCAGCUGCUCCAGCUGUGCUACGCCCUCUACAGCAUCCUGGCAGCCAGGUCGGAGACGGUGUGCUACCUGGUCAUCGUGUUGAACCACAUGGUGUCUGCCAGCUGUCUGACGUUGGUACUUCCUGUUCUGGUGUUCCUGUGGGCGAUGCUGUCCGUCCCUCGACCCAGUAAGACCUUCUGGAUGACGGCCAUCAUCUACACGGAGGUCACCAUCGUCAUCAAGUAUUUCUUCCAGUUUGGAUUCUUUCCAUUCAACCAGAAGCUGGAAGUGGACCGCUCCAAACCAUUCCACCCCCCAAACAUCCUGGGGGUGGAGAAGAAGGAAGGCUGGAUCCUGUAUGACCUCCUGCAGCUGCUUGCUUUGUUCUACCACCGGGCCAUACUCAAGUGCCACGGACUGUGGGACCAGACUGUUACCAUGGAGACUGACACCGUCCAUCACCACGACAACCAGGCUGACUCCGCCCACGGUGCUGCCUCCAUCGAUCCGUCAGAACUCACCAGCACGCUGCGGCGUCGAGGCAGGAGACGGACUAACUCCAGCUCCACCCAGCUGCGCUCUCCUGCAGGUAGUGUGGGUUCCAGAGCUCAGCAGCCCGGCAGGUUUGAUCUUCUGCUGGAGAAACUCAGAGAGCUUUCCAUCAGAGCCAAGAAGUUCUCCAUUAGCAGGUCUAUGUCUCUUUACCGUCCCGUCCUUCACUUCUUCAGAGCUCUCGUCCAGCCAGAAUACAGCGCCGUCACCGACGUUUACGUCCUCAUGUUCCUUUGCGACACCGUCGACUUCAUCAUCAUCGUCUUUGGCUUCUGGGCCUUCGGAAAACACUCUGCAGCUGCUGACAUCACUUCCUCCCUCUCAGAGGACCAGGUUCCUGAAGCUUUCUUGGUGAUGGUCCUGAUCCAGUUUGGUACCAUGGUGAUUGACAGGGCUCUGUACUUGAGGAAGACCGUUUUGGGGAAGUUGGUCUUCCAGGUGAUUCUGGUGUUUGGGAUUCACUUCUGGAUGUUCUUCAUCCUGCCGACGGUCACUGAGAGGCGGUUCAAUCAGAACCUGGUGGCUCAGCUCUGGUAUUUCGUAAAGUGUGUUUACUUCGGCCUGUCGGCCUAUCAGAUUCGAUCUGGAUACCCGACACGAGUUCUGGGAAACUUCCUGACGAAGAGCUACAACUACCUCAACCUCUUCCUCUUCCAGGGUUUCCGUCUGGUCCCCUUCCUGACGGAGCUGAGGGCGGUGAUGGACUGGGUGUGGACCGACACCACUCUGUCUCUGUCCUCGUGGAUCUGUGUGGAGGACGUUUAUGCCCACUGCUUCGUCUUAAAGUGCUGGAGGGAGUCUGAGAAGAGGUACCCUCAGCCUCGUGGGCAGAAGAAGAAGCGUGUGGUGAAGUACGGGAUGGGCGGUCUGAUCGUUCUGCUGCUCAUCUGUAUCGUUUGGUUUCCUCUGCUCUUCAUGUCGCUCAUCAAGUCUGUCGCCGGAGUCGUCAACCGACCGAUCGACGUCUCUCUGACCAUCACGCUGGGAGGCUUCCAGCCCAUCUUCACGAUGAGUGCUCAGCAGAAUCAACUCAAAGAUCUGACUGAAGAAGACUUCAGCUCCUUCACCAGCUCCUACAGCUACACACCAAGUGCCUUGCAGUUCCUGGAGGCUUAUGGUCAUGAGGACGUGACGCUGGCGGAGCUGCAGGGCAGCAGUAACUCUCUGUGGACCAUCAGUCCUCCCAGCAGGCAGUACCUGAGCCAAGUACUCAGUCUGGACCACUUCCCCCUGACUGUGUCCUGGACUGUUCAGAGGAACCUGAGUCUGGGGGCGAAGGCGGAGCUUGCAUCAGGUAAACAUGUGACCUAUCUGGACGAUCAGACUCGGCUGGAGCUGAUUCAGCUGCUGAACGGGAUGAGGUCACUUCCUGUGGUCAUACAGGAAGUGUUUCCGUGUUUCAUUCGAGCUCCCAGCGACUCCAACUCCAAACCCAUCGAGCAGCUUUACCCAGAUGACCACUACAAGGACAUCCUGCUGGCCCUGGAGCGGUCGACCAAUCAGAGCCGAGAGAUCCAGGACUGGUGGAUCGUUGACCAACCAGCUGCCAGCCUGGUGCCCAUCGGAGGCGAGGCUUCGCUGAGUGACAGGAGGGAGGCGGGGCUUCAGUUGUUUGUGUUCAGUGAUAAAGUCAGUCCUCCGAGUCUGGGCUUCCUGGCUGGAUACGGCAUCAUGGGUCUUUAUGCGUCGGUGGUUCUUGUCAUCGGGAAGUUCGUGCGUGAGUUCUUCAGCGGGAUCAGUCACUCCAUCAUGUUCGAGGAGCUGCCGUGUGUCGACCGCAUCCUCAAACUCUGCACCGACGUCUUCCUGGUGAGAGAGACAGGUGAGCUGGAGCUGGAGGAGGAGCUUUACGCCAAACUGAUCUUCUUGUACCGAUCGCCAGAGACUCUGAUCAAAUGGACGCGACGCUGACCUCAUCGAUCAAUACGGAACUGAUUGUAAAGUAGUUAUUAUGACCUGUGGUGACAUCACAAAUUGUGACAUCAUCACUGACAGUUGUCUCUAAAUCUGUGGUUCCUAUAGAACGUUCUCCAGAUGGAACCGUCACUGAUUUAAAGAGCAUUAACUGAAUUUUAUUGUGAAGGUUUAAAGUAGUGUUAUUCUCUAUGUGACCAAUAGGAGCAGCAGGGGGGCGGGGCUUAUCUUCUGAUGAAUCCACACUGAUCUGAGGACAGCAGUCGAGGUUCCAUUCAGCGAAUGUAGCACAAAAUCAUCAACUGGUUAGGAGCGAAUAAACUCAGCUACGGUGAAGUUGAUUAAUGGUGAUCAAUAAACGAAGCCCCGCCCCACUGUGAAGUUUGAAUCAUAUGAUUGGACGUUGCUGCUGACACGCCCACAUUUACUUUCUGUGAUACUGGAACUAAGUUAUUAAUGUUUGAGUAAACACUAAUCAAUCAACUAUCAAGGCACACAGAUGAUUUCACUUAUUUCUAUUUAUUUUACUGCAGGACGAGCCUCAGUGUUUCUUUUAGCACUACCUUAGCUUUAUGUUAGCUGUAAUUAGCUGUAUGCUAGUUCUACCUUAGCUUUAUGUUAGCUGUAAUUAGCUGUAUGUUAGAACUACAUUAGCUAUAUUUAACUGUAAUUAGUUCUAAGUUCUACAUUAGCUUUAUGUUAGUUGUUUGUUAGCCAUAUAUUAGCUUUCUGUUAGCUUUUCCUUAGCUUAUUAGCCAAAAUGUUCUCUUUUUUUAGCUCUUUUAUGUUCAUAAACCCCCUGUGGUGGAGAGGAGGGUGGAUUGAUACCUAAAAUAGACCUACUGAUAACGCUAAACACUGAUAUAAGAAUAUAGAAGGAAACCAGACCUGGGUCUGGUUUUAUAUAUCAAUGAUUAGUGACCAGACGUUCUAGCUGGAUGUCCCGAGUCCUGACGAACAUCUCGAACACAACAAUCACUACCAAAUAGUUCUGAUUUUUACUUUCAUAUUUACUAUUAAAUACUUGUUUUCAGUGCUUCCGUAGUGUUUAUGAUGAUUACAUGCCCAUCCUGAUGAAAACUCUGAAGUGAUUGAUUACAUGAACACUCGCCAACUUAAGGUCCCGUUUGAGAAUAUGAGCACCCAACAUAAUAUCGCUAACAUCUGCUGUAGCUUUUGUUAGCAUUAGAGUCAUGUAAGGUCUACUUAGCACCACAUUAGCUCUUUGUCAUUUCUGUACUAAAGCUCUAUGUUGGCUCUCUGUCUGCUUUCACUAGCACUACAUUAGCUCUAUCUUAGCAUACAUUAGCUCUACAUCAGCUUUUAGCCUUUAAAGGUCUGCUUAUAACCUGCUAACCUUUCAACGGUAGCUAACAUGUUAGCUCUCGGUAAGCUUUAUCAGUUCUACAUUUCUUUUAUGUCAGCUCCUUAUUAGCUCUUGUUUAGUUGUGGCUCAUUCAACCUGUGAUCAGAGCUAAGCUAUGCUAAGCUAAACUAAAUGAAGGCUACCUUUUAAAGGAAAGAUGACGUGUGAGAUGAACAGGACAGGAAAGAGUCAAUGAGGCCCAGUGUCAGCAUGGAAACCAGUGAAAGCUGUUCACACAUGUCACUGGAAUCACAACACACAGAACAUUUCGUCCUAGUCUCAGUCCUAGUGACAGAAAACUGGAAGUAAAUGUAAGACGUUUAGAAUAAAGGUAUUAAUCGUUAGAUGGUUGUUUAUAGUCAAUCUGUUCACGUCACUGUAUUUUCUGACUGAUAAUAACUGUAAACUGGUAACUUGUGUCUUCUGUGAAUAUUUGAAACUCAAAAAGUGAAU